AUGUCCAUUGGCAAGACCAUGCUUGGUCGCCGCCAUGUUUUGCCCUCUGUCGUCUCGACCUUGACCGAACUGCAAGUCGAGGGCACGUUCCCAUCUGGUACUUACCUGGUGACUGUCCAUCACCCUGUCAGCUCCGAUGAUGGUGAUCUUGAGAAGGCGCUUUACAGCAGUUUUCUUCCAGUUCCAUCGAAAGAUGCAUUUCCUCUCGCUAAUGCAAGUGAAUAUGAGAGCGCGAAAAUGCCAGGCGCCGUGAUUCCGGUCAAGGAAGGGAAGAUCACGCUGAACGAAGGGCGAAAGAGAAUCCAAUUGAAGGUCACCAGCAAAGGUGACAGACCGAUACAGAUUGGUUCGCAUUAUCAUUUCAUCGAGACGAACCCUCAACUCGACUUCGACAGAGCCAGAGCAUAUGGUUUCCGUCUGGACAUCGCGGCGGGUACCUCUGUACGCUUUGAACCCGGAGAUACCAAAACGGUAACUCUCGUCGAGAUUGCAGGCAACAAAGUCAUCCACGGCGGCAACAACCUCGCGUCUGGUGUCGUCGACGUCUCCCGCACCGAUGAAAUCAUAGAGAAACUCCAAAAAGCAGGGUUUGCGCAUACGCCAGAACCGGCAGGCGACCUGGGCCAUAUCGAUGUUGCGGCUAUGAGUCGAGCCGAUUAUGCUGGUAUGUUUGGACCUACGACUGGCGAUCUUGUACGGCUUGGAUCAACGGAUCUGUGGAUCAAGGUGGAAAAGGACAUGACGGUCUACGGUGAAGAAUGUAAAUUUGGCGGCGGCAAGACUAUUCGCGAUGGCAUGGGUCAGGCGUCUGACCGUAAAGACGAAGAUGUGCUCGACACGGUCAUCACCAAUGCUCUGAUCGUGGACUGGUCCGGCAUCUAUAAAGCUGACAUCGGUAUCAAGAACGGUGUGAUCGCUGGCAUUGGGAAGGCCGGUAACCCGGACGUCAUGGAGGGUGUCCAUCCCGACCUGGUGGUCGGAAACGGCACAGAUGUCAUCGCAGGCGAACACAGCAUUGUCACCGCCGGCGGAUUCGACUCACACAUCCACUUAAUCUGUCCUCAACAGGCAUACGAGUCCGUCGCAGCCGGGAUAACCACAUAUCUGGGAGGCGGCACCGGGCCCAGCACAGGCACAAACGCGACCACCUGCACUCCCGGCAAAUGGCACAUGAAGCAAAUGCUGCAAGCGCUAGACUCAUUGCCAAUUAACUACGGCGUUACAGGCAAAGGCAACGACAGCUCACCCGUCGCACUUCGAGAACAAUGCGAAGCCGGAGCGUGCGGGCUCAAACUACACGAAGAUUGGGGCACUACCCCGGCCGCGAUUGAUACAUGCUUGUCUGUCUGCGAUGAAUAUGACGUCCAGUGCCUCAUCCACACAGACACGCUGAACGAGUCUGGCUUUGUGGAAUCCUCCAUCGCAGCCUUCAAAGGCCGGGCGAUCCACACAUACCACACCGAAGGCGCGGGCGGUGGCCACGCCCCGGACAUCAUUUCCGUGGUCGAGCACGCCAACGUUCUCCCUUCCUCCACGAAUCCAACAAGACCGUAUACCAGGAAUACCCUGGACGAGCAUCUCGACAUGCUCAUGGUGUGCCACCACCUGUCCAAGAACAUCCCCGAAGACGUUGCGUUUGCGGAAUCGCGCAUCCGCGCCGAGACCAUCGCCGCCGAAGACGUGCUUCACGACCUCGGCGCCAUCAGCAUGAUGUCCUCGGACUCCCAGGCCAUGGGCCGGUGCGGAGAAGUCAUCCUCCGAACAUGGAAUACCGCGCAGAAGAACAAACUGCAACGCGGCACGUUGAAGGAAGACGAAGGGACUGAUGCUGAUAACUUCAGAGUCAAGCGGUACGUGUCCAAGUACACGAUCAACCCAGCAAUCACACAAGGCAUGAGCCACAUCUUGGGCUCCGUCGAGGUAGGCAAGUUGGCGGAUCUGGUCCUAUGGCAGCCCAGCAACUUUGGCACGAAGCCAAGCUUGGUGUUGAAGGGGGGAAUGAUCGCGUACGCUCAAAUGGGCGAUCCCAACGCCUCCAUCCCGACCGUCCAGCCUGUCAUCAUGCGCCCCAUGUUCGGCGCGUACGUGCCCAGCACGUCCAUCACCUUCGUGUCCGGCGCGUCCCUCGCCUCCGGCAAAAUCGCCAGCUACAACCUCUCCAAGCGCGUCGAGGCGGUCAAGCACUGUCGCAGCGUUGGCAAGAAGGACAUGAAGUUCAACGACGCGAUGCCUAAGAUGAAGGUCGACCCGGAGUCCUACAGGGUCGAGGCAGAUGGGAUGCACUGUACGGCUGAGCCCGCGGAGGUCGUGCCCUUGGGGCAGCUGUACUAUGUGUAUUGA